CAUUCUUUUGCCCGAUAUGGUCACCGUCUUGAUGGACUCCGUUUAUAGCGACCACCUUACAUCCGACAUUCUUGAAGAAUUUAUCGCGUUAGCCAAAAAAAGACCCGCGUUCUUUGCAUCUGAAUUCCACACCUUGGUGCUAUCAAUGCUUGAGAUAAUCAGCAAAGACCUUUUGAAACCCAAGACGAGGCAACUAACCGUAGAGUUCUUGGUGGUAAUGGCGGAGGAUAAAACUGAGGGUUGUGGGAUGAUUCAGAAUCUGAACAGUGAAGUAAUUGAAGAGAUUCUCACACAGCUCCUCAUAUGGCUGGUGGCUCUUAACGAUGACAAAUCGUGGGGACUGGUAGAUGAUGAUGACAGAGAAACUGGGAAACACAUUUUAUCCCGUUAUGCAGAGGAAGCUUGGAGAAGACUGGCAAUUGCUCUCAGGGGAGAAAUAAUUCUGGGCAAUCCUCCUGAUUUGCUUCCAGAUUACUUUAAAAAUGAUAACUGGAAAAAGAGAUAUGCUGCUGUUACUUCCCUUGGCCUAAUCACCUCUGGUUGCUCAAAGAUGUUAAUACAAUACUUGGAAGUUUCUAUGGAGAAAAUAAUGAAACUAGUUACUGAUCUUAACCCUCGAGUGCGCUGGGCAGCUAUCCAUACCAUUGGCGAAUUCUCAAAAUACUUAUGUCCCGAUUUGCAACGACAAUAUCAUCAUCAGAUCAUUCCUGCUUUAUUACAUUCCAUUGGUGAUAUCAGCCACCCCAGACUGCAGACACAUGGAGCAACAGCAUUGGUGCUUUUCACCCGGAAUUGCAGAUCAGAGAUCUUGAAACCUUACAUGAAAGAAAUAAUAAGCAAACUGCUUAUACUCUUGGAGCAAAGAGAGCCAAUAAUGUUGACAGAAGCAGCUUUGGCAGCCUUAGGCACAUUAGCUGAAUCAACCAUGGAUGAGUUUCGACCGUUCUAUGGCAUUGUAAUGCGCUACCUGAAAGUUACAGUAGUAACUGCAAAAGCGGAUUCUGAUUACUUCCUUGUAGCCUACUCCCUCAAGUGCAUUGUUUUGAUUGGGGUGGGAGUGGGGAAAGAUAUGUUCUAUGCUGAUCUCGAAGAUGUUGUUAAAGAUCUCUACUUGUUACAAGAAUCUAACUCGGGAAAAGAUGGCACAGUGAGGCGUUAUUUGCUAAAGGCGUGGUAUGGAAUCUGCCGAUGUUUAGGGAUGGACUUUCUUCCUUACCUGAGUGUUUCCAUGCCUCAGCUGAUUCAGUCUGCUAAACGGACCGAUUACCUGACAGAUGAUGAUGAUAAGAAAAGAAGUAUUAUCUUGAAGGAGAAGUCAUUGGCUUGUGAUACAUUAGGCUGGUUUGCUGUUCAUAUCACAGGAGGACUGCAUUUGUGGAUUAAGGAGGUUGUAGAUGCUGUUCUUCCACUUGUCAAUUUUAAACUCGAUGAACGAGUUAGAACAGCUGCAGCAGUAGCUAUGCCAUUAUUGUUGCAAUCAGUUGCUUUUGCUAUGGAAAACCGGCUUCCUAUUCCAGAUUUUCCUGAUACUCCGAUUAUUCCCAUAUCUAAAGCCAUAAUCUCAGGUUUGCUUGAAGCCUUACAGGAGCCAAACAUAAAGUUUCGAGUGAUAGUAUUGGAGGCAUUGAAUCAAUGCAUUCAGAUUCCUUACACUUGUAUAAGUAAACAAAUUGCAACACUAUUUGUCAAAGGCAUAUCGAAAGUCGUUCUGGCAUGCUUAAACAGGAAAGUAGUAAGAGAAUUGAGACUAAAAAGUAGCAAAAACUUGAGGACAGCAGAACUGCUGGAUGAGGAAGUUCAGGAUGAGGAUAAUAUUUACAAACAAGUUCAGAUUUGCUUGGGAACUCUGUUAGAAAGGCUCGAGGCCUCAUUCUUGCCGUUCUUGGAUGAGCUAUUGCCCGUUGUAGAUCUUGUUUGGAGAAACGAUAAAGCAUGGAAAGAAAGAAACGUUGCGUUGAGUGUUUUUCAAGACAUUGCAGAGACCUGCGGAGAAGAAACUUUCAGACACUUUGACAUGUGCAUUCCAUUCCUGCUCAAAACCUUAAAGAGCCGCAAGGCUACAAAUCCGGUCCUUGAAGAGAUAGCUUCGUGUGCAAUUAGUAUCUGUGCGGAGUUUGGUGGAGAAGUGUUUAAGCAGCAUCUCCAAGAUGCACUCCUUAGUCUAGAAGCUAUAAUUUAUCAGCCUGGUAAAUUACCCACAGAAACCAUGAUGGCCAAAGAAGCUGCUGUUUCUACUUAUGGGAAACUCUGUUUCUUACUUACUGAAGAAAGUAGCAUAUACAAGCAUAUAGAGCUUUGGCUACUGCAUUUGCCAUUAAGGUUUAAUUUGGAUGAAGCCAAAGCUGCUCACAGUCUGCUUUGUUCCAUGAUUGACGAGCCAGACACUAAGGUUACUGGUCCUAAUGAUGCUUACAUUCCCAGAAUCAUUGUAGUUUUGGCUGAGGUUGUGUGGGUUGGGACAAAUUUAGCAACACCAGAUAUCCAGGAGAAGAUGAUUCAACAGCUGAGGAUGUUGAGUGGGAAGAUACCACAGUCUAAGUUGAUGGAGAUAACUGAAAAAUUACCUCCAUAUGUGCAGAACAUGUUUCAUGCCAUCUUGUCAUCAUGAUACAUAGGAUUCUUGUAUACUUGUAUGGAUCAUGGAUGUGUAGCAGACAAAACACUUGCCUAGUAUACACAUGAUAAACACUUAGAUCAAAUCACUCAAUUUUGCCCUUUUCUUUUC